AUGCCGUCCGCUCCGAGACCACGGCCCCGAAAACUCGGCACCACCGCCAACGACCAGGGGGUCCGAACCUUGAAUCCUUCCGGCCCUCAUCCAACGUCUCCCCCUCGACAGACCCGAGACUGUUAUCUCGACUCGAUUACAAAUCUCAAACCCCCCUUAACCUCAGUAAAUCUCUCAUCCUCACAUUUGUACCCCCCAUCACUCACUCACACUCAUUCCAGACGAAAAAAGCUCACCACAAACCCCACCUCAUCGCACCAAAGCAGAACCAAACACCACCCACCCAAACCCUUUCGUCCGCGCCCAACGACGACAAAAAUGCCUCCAAAAGCACCCGCCAAGACCCCCAGUGGCGGCGGCGGCGGCGGCAGCGGCAGCGGCAGCAAAUUCACCUACUGCGUCGGCAGCAACCCAGACUUCACACCGGACGAGUACAACAAGGACCCGGCCCGCCGGCAGAGAGCCCUCGACCUCCUCGGCAAGAACGACCUCUACCACGCCGCCGUCGUCACCUUCAACCUCCCCGAGCGCGAUACCUACGUCUACCACGCCAUGACGGCCGUCCGCCUCGCCGAGGUCCAGCGCGUCGUGAGCAUGGGCGGCGUCAACGGCUUGCACGACUGGUACCUCGAUGAGGAGGGGAAGCCGCUCGACCCCCCACCCCAACCAGACAUCCACUCCUACAUCCAAAUCUUCUCCCCCAAAACCGCAACCCCCCUCGCCCUCAAAUCCCACCUCGCCAACGCCAAAAAAUCCUCCCUCCGCGCCCAAAUCGCAACCCACCUCCUCGCCCACCGCUACAUCCACCCAUCCCUCCAAGCACCCCUCAACCAGAUCCCCAAAACAAAAACCCCCUCCCUCUCCUUACCCCCCAACCCCUCCCUCGACUUCUGGUCCUGGUCCUGCCACUCCCUCCAAUGGGCCGGUCCCACCCGCCACCACCCUUUACAAUCCCACCACGUCCUCCCCAUCCUCAUGCACCACUUUGGCUGCGCGACCCCCUCCCACGAAGCCCUCUUCAUCCUCCGCCACCUCGCAGCCGCCCGCCCCAUCGCAGACGUCGGCUCCGGAAACGGCUACUGGACCCACAUGCUCCGCCUCUACGGCUGCACCGUCCACCCAGUAGACAACCUCCAAUCCGAGUGGCGCACAACCUGGGUCCCCGACACCAUCCCCUCCGACGGCGUCUCCUUUCUCAACGCCCGCAACGGAGGCAAAGACAUGCUCCUCCUGCUCGUCUACCCCGUCGUCGGCGGCUCCGUCGCGGGCGGCACCGAAGGCUCCUUUACGCGCGGCCUGGUGGAGGCCUACCGCGGCGACACCAUCGCCGUCGUCGGCACGCAGAACCACAACGGGUACACCGGCUUCCGCGACAGGACCAUGGCCGAGUACAUGGCGCAAGAGCAGCCCGAGUGGGUGCGCGUCGUGCAGAUUCCGCUGCCGAGCUUUGCGGGCAAGGACGAGGCCUUGUUUGUGUUCCAAAGGGGCGAGAGGGCGCCGCCUAGGGAUGAGAAUGUGGGUAUGUAG